AUGUGUCUGAGCCUCUGGGGUGGGGAUGUUCAAAUUCUUUCAAUUGCACAUCUAAUUCAAGGUAUUAAUCUGUGUCUUUUUGGUCGUAUUGACAGAGGAAAUUUUAGCAUCUGCAAUGAAAACUUUGAUUCUGUUAAUGGACUUGCAGCUCAUUUGUCUAGCAAAGCAUGCUUAAAAGUGUGCCAGCAGGCAAGUUUGUUACCAGCAUUGCUUUGCCCAACAAUGCUUCCUAAGUUUGAUGUGUGGCCUAAAAGUUUCCAGAUCUCACAGCCAAGUGAUGACAAUAUUGCGCUUUAUUUUUUUCCAGAAAAUGAGAGAGAUGAAAAAGUUUUUGAUCGCCUGGUGCUUGACAUGGUAAGCCACGAGCUAGCCAUGCAAACUGUGGUUGAAAAUGCAGAACUCUUGGUUUUUGCUUCUACUGAACUGCCACUUCGACACUGGAGAUUUCAUGGGAAGUUGUAUCUAUGGGGUGUGUUUCGGGGAAGGCAAGUUUCCUCGACCUCCUGUCAAGUGGAUGACCGGCACUUGAUACCAAAAAGCAGCAAGGAGAGUGUUACAUCUUCAAAGUUAGCAAAUGAUGCAGGGAUCAGAGAGGAGAAAGACACUUCAAUGGUCACCACCUGGGAUUGUCGGAGUCCUCUAAGUCCCUUAAGCAACAGUGGUAGUCACGGGUGAACAAGAAGCUGACACAGAAACGCUGAUAAUUGAGGGGGAAAAAAAUGGAACUGUAGAAGCUUCCCUUGGAUCUUUCAUCUUGAAGAAUCAUCAAACAGAUCGAUCCAUGCCCACAAUGUACAUUGUUUUGAUACACCAAAGCAGCCACUCUGAAGCCAAAGAUACUUUGUGUUGCAACAAAUGUGGAAGAAAUGGUAGCCCUGGCCAGAGAACUAGUGAUUGCCAUCCUGAAUGGCAUGUCCUUGUCCUUGUCCUCCCUUCUCGUUCGUUAAUCCUACAGUUUUCACAGGAGGCACAGCCAUGUAGAAUUUUUUGAGGUUACUUUUAUAUUCAAUUCCAUUUUUUUAAAAACA